AUGGAGUAUGUGCAGAGGAUUAGAAGAGUAGAGGUGGAGAUUGCACUGAAGAAAAUGAAGCCUAAGAAGGUGGUUGGCCCUGAUGGUAUACCGAUAGAGUUGCGGAGGUGUUUGGGUAAGAUUGUAACUAGACCAAUUCAAGAUGAGGUUCCAUGGUGUAUGUUGUUUGCAAAUGAUAUCGUUUUGGUGGAUGAAACUAAAUAUGGGGUUAAUGCCAAGUUGGAGCAAUGGAGGCAAAGUUUGGAAUCUAGAGAGUUUAAGCUAAGUCGGAGUAAGACUGGGUAUUUGAAAAAUGGUGACAUUGAUCAAGACGUGGCCCUUUGGAUUAAUUCGGGGUGUCUUAAAUGGAGAGCGGCCACGGGAGUGUUAUGUCACCGAAGCAUUCCCUUACAGUUGAAGGGAAAAUUCUACAGGACUGCCAUAAGACCAGUAUUGCUCUAUGGUACAGAAUGUUGGGUUUCUAAGAAGGAGCACAUUAAAAAGAUGGAGGUUACAGAAAUGCGCAUGUUAAGGUGGAUAUGUGGGAGCACUCUAAGAGAUAGAAUCAGAAAUGAGGUUAUUCGCAAGAAAGUAGGUGUGGUAGGCAUUGCAGACAAACUAAGGAAAAAUCGCCUGCGUUGGUUUGGGCAUAGGAUUCUGAAGCAAAAAUUACAGGUUUUCCUAUAUGACAUUUCAGAUGAAGUAAGCAGAUCAGAGUCAACCGACAUCUUAAUUGGCAGAAAAAAUAAAAAUUUGGAAUCAGUAACCAGGGUGUAA